AUGACGGAUUCUGACAGCCAGAACGCCUCAAUCGCGGACUAUGACGAGGAGGUCGAGUACCUCAGCGACGAGGAGGUGGACAUCAUGUCCUACUCUCCCGAGGUCACCCACCGACCGGCGCCGGCCCCCGAGCGGGCUUCCGAACAAGACAACGCGUCAAGCUCCUCUGGGUCAUCGAGCUCCAGCUCAAGCGGAUCGGGGAAUUCCGGCGAAGAGGAAGAAGGAGCCUCAUCAGGCAGACAGGGCUCCCCGCUCGAAGGCGUUAGGGAAACGCCUAUCCGGGUAAAUACUCCCGAGCCGGCCGAGGAAAACACAGCUGGGCCGAGCGCACCAGCCACAACGGAGUUCGAAUUCUUGAACAGCGAGAAUGUCGAACAACAAAUGAGCCGAUUGACCAAAGGUGAAGCGGCUAGGAUUGCUGAAAGGCUCGGAGCUAUGGCAGAGUUUGGUGACGAAGAUGCCCCCCUUCCCCCGCCCGCCAAGAUCUCCCUUGGCGGCAAGAAGAAGGCGAAGGCGAAGCCCGCCGGGGAAAAGGAGAUUCCCUCGGCCCGACCACUAGGUACCUCGACCGUGACGACGGGCGAGGGCUUUAUCGUCGAGCCCUCCGACGUCCUGAUCACCCGGGUGGAAGUCGCCCAGGGCAAGGAGAAGGUCCCCGACCGAGGCGUGUCCGAGGUGGGCGGCAUAAAACGCCGCCGCGAACAACGCAGCCCGAGCCCUUCGGUCGGGCGAGAAAGGGACACUACGUCCAUACUGGCCCGGAUCGGGAAUGCGGGGCGAGCCACAGAAGAUCUGGGGAGGAUGACCCCCACACAAGUGGCUGAGCGGAUCGGCCACGACCUGGCCGAGAUCUCCCGAGCCGCUCAACUUCUCCAAGGCCGGGCAAUGCUGGCCGAGGAAGCCGACCGACAUAAGAAGAUGGCUGCUCGGCGUCUUCAGGAGGUGAAGGACCUCCAGGCCGAGCUGGAGAAGGCCCAGAAGGGCCUGAAAAAGAGCGAGGAAGACCGAGCCCUCGCAGAGAAGGUUGCCCAACGGGCGAUCGGGGAAGCGAGAGAGCUGAAGGCCCGGCUCGAUACUCCGAGCGAGUUGGUGCAGACUGUCUUCAAGGACAGCGAGUCGGGCUCGGCGUUUCUCACGGCGGCCCGGGGAACUAAGGUUGGAGAGGACCUGAUCGUCUCCUUCGGCCGGUGGGCGUUCAAGUCCGGGCAACGCAAAAUGCUGGAGCGAGCCCGUACCCGGUUGGAGCAAGCUCUCGAAGGAGAGGAUCUCCAGCUGGUCCUGUCGGCUUUACCCCCGGAUCUAGCCGACCCCGGCCCCUCCCCCUUCGCUCCCAAGGAAAAGGCGACCGAGCCUGGGGCACCAUCGGCGGCCACUUCGAGCGGGAAGGAGGCAGUUGCCGGAGCUCGGGAAUUGAAGAAGUAG